AUGAGUAUUCUUUCCCAACCAGAAGUGGCUCGCUUCGAGACCACCAGGCGACUCCUCUCGCACCUGGUCAACGAAGGCCUUUGCGCAGCAUAUCUGGAGUCCGCUGACACUGAGCAGCUGCAAUGGAUGCGAUUGGUUAGCUUCACUUCCCAGCCUCCAGAGCACUCCAUGGUCAAGGUGCGGAUCGAGCCAGCCCAACUCGGACUGAACGAGAAUGGGCAAGUCAAUUCCCUGCUUCGGCCUUGUCAGCUCAGGCCUCCGGUGCUUCUUUUUGAGAAUCUUCAGUCCCGGCCAGAGCUUGACCCCGGGGUCAUCUUCCAAUUCGUGUUUCCCUGGUUCGCACAACCUGAAAUUGAAAGCAUGAGAGAUGCAAUCGCCCAAGAACUCCAAAAUGCUUCAGCCAACCAAGAAACCUGGCUGGACGUCGCCGCCCAGUUACCGCCGUUGGCUUUGAUGAGUCCCGCGAUCGAAUGGGAGAGAACCCUGGUGACCGGACAUCCAACGCAUCCUGCUUCGAAGCUCCAUAAGACCCUCUACACACAACCCCCGCUCCCUCAAAUACAACCCGCCCAGAUUUGGGACAUGCUGUCCCCCCAAGUGACCUUCCUCUCCGUGCCUCGCUCCCAAGUCCGAGUCUCCGGACCAUUCGAGAAUCUUCUCAGCAGCCUCCUCACCAAACUCGAUAUCCCCAAUUCCUCAGAAGACCGAAUCAUAGUCCCCAGUCUCGCGCAGCAAAGUCCCUCCAUCCUAUCCCGCUUCCACGACGUGCAAAUCGUCGGCUCAGAGCGCGCAUCCGCCCAAGCCUCAAUGCGAACCCUCACCCUCCGUCCCGAACUCAACUUCAAAUACCACCUUAAACUCUCGCUCGCGUGCCAGAUCACAUCUGCGCUGCGAACAAUCACCCCCUGGACGGCGCUCGGUGGCGCCGAGGUCUCGGCGCUGCUUGAGAAGCUGCUCCCGCCCGAUAUGUGGCUGUUCAAAGAGGUGGCUGCGGUGACCGGCGCGCAGGAGGAUUUCAACGACGCGAAGCAUUUCUCGUGUAUCCUCCGAGAGGAUCUUGAGCUGCGAGCCAACACACAGGGUGAGUCGCUCAUCAUUGCGUCUGCGUUUAGCCAGCUCCCCGUCACUGGGUUUGAGAAGGAGACGACGGCACACCCCGAGGCGCUCUUUCCACCGGCGAACGAGCAGAGGGAAAAGAAGGAGUGGUUCCGCAGUGCUCAAUCCCACUACCGCACCUCCUCAUAUUUUGGUUCUCGCUGUUACAUCUCCAUCCUCCUCAACCUGACCCUCCCCCCACUGGUCAACCAUGGCAUCGGCCUCGAAGCGCACGGCCAAAACACCUGCGUGCGCAUCUGCCGCGCAUCACGGACAAUAAAGGGCUUCGCUGUUCGCGACUUUGGCGGAAUAAGACUACACAUGCCCACGCUCCGAAGCCAGGGGUAUGACCUGCAUACCAUCCCCCCUGGAGCGGCGACGACGACAGAUGACUUGCAUGACGUGUGGAGUAAAGUGCAUCACUACUUGUUCCAAAACCAUAUUGGACAACUUGUCGUGGCGUUGGGUCUGGAGGAGGAUGGUGGGUGGGGGGUUGUUAGGGAUGAGGUUCGGAGGGUUUUGUUUCCGAGUGGGCGAGGGAAGGGUUGUGGGUUGCAUGCGGAGGGGCUUUAUGGGUUUUUGAUGGAGGAGACGAUGCCGUUCAAGUGCUUUUUGAGGAUGAGGAUGGAGGGCAAGUAUCGUGAUUAUGUUGAACGGAGGCUCCCCAAUGUGCUUCUCUACUGA